AUGAGGUCAAAAGCGAGCUGUCUCCAAAAAUCGGUGAUUGCCUUUGAAAUAAUUCACACGAUAUCAUCAGUCCUGGGUUUAUCACCUUGCAGAAUAAAAAUAUCACGACGAUCAGCCCCUGCAAUCGGAUUUACAUUCGUUUUUUCAAAUUCCCGCCUAAAAUGUGGGUACAGUCUUCUCCUGAUGAUCCUUUACAUCGGAAUAACAGCUGUUGGCACACCUUGUCUGAACGAAUUGCUGUACCCGAAUGAUUCAUCAACGAUGAGAAUAAUUACAGUAGUCCUUUCAGGAAUCGGUAAUUCGAUAGUCAUCGUGAUGAUCCUCUUCUACUUGAUCCUGCGGAGGAACAUCAUCAGAAUCGGUGAUCAGCUGCACGAUUUUGAUGAGAGAUUUGCCAGACUGUCCGGUAGAAGUGCCGAUAUCCUGGACUUCCUUCCGACCUUCAUCACAAUCGCCCUGAUGCUGAUCAUCUGGACAGGCCUAGUGAUCAUGCAAAUGAUUACCCAGAAUGGGAUCAUCUAUCUAACGACGUGCGGUCUCAAUGAAGUCUUCUGCGGUUGGCUGUUGGUCCAGUACAGCGUUGUCAUCAAUGUCCUCAAAGAUCGGUUUCGAGGGCUCAAUGCUGCUCUCCUUGACACAGCUAUCUGUCCAAAUAUCCUGGAGGCCGGUGCAAUAUCACCGAGAUGUACCUCAACCGAGCGCCUGGCUAUUGACAAUCUGAUGAUGAUCAGACAAGCGAGGAAUCGAAUUUACAAGGUCUUCCAGGAAGUCUCGAGGUACUACUCUUUUCCGGUCCUGAUCGUUAUCGCUUACUGCUGCAGCUGCUGUGUCUGCGACAUGUAUUUCUGUAUUUUGAGUCUCAUCAGACCGACAACCAGUGCUAGUGACAAAGGUCAGAUCUUCCUUGAUUCCAUCUUUUGGACCCUUUCCGCUUCGUAUCCCAUUGUUGUCCUCAGCGCAAGUGUCAACCGAUUUCAGGCCGAAGCAGAUCGAACAGCUGUUGUUGUUUAUGAUAUCAUGGAGAUGUACGCACCGAACAGAGAGAUCGAGUCUGAAUUGAACACCCUAGCUAUUGAAUUGCUCCACAAAAAAAUUUAUUUCAACACCUGCGGAUUCAUCUCCUUGGACUGCACACUGUUACGAUCGAUAUUUGGAACAGUCAUGACUUAUUUGUUGAUCGUCCUGCAGUUCAAGGCACCGGACAACAGCCCAAAUAAAUGAUUAACCGAUCGUUCCAAUCAAUUCGAUCUUUUGUUUCACUCACACCGGCCGAUCUUCAGGAGAAAUAAUGUCCAUGGCAAUUUCUGAGUGCUCAGAUACCAAAAAUCGAUAGUUCAAAUCCGUAAAUUGCCCCUCUUUACGAAAUCACUGCUUUCAGGUUAACUGUU